CCAUAUGUACCUAUGAAAAUUGUUGGAGAAAGAGAGGUGCCAAAGGAAGAGAUUGAUUGGAAUGAUGAAGACUUGGUGAAGAUCAUGAUCAACAACAAAGCAAUCAAUAUGCUUCAAUGUGCUCUCAAUCCAACGGAAUUCCAUAGAGUAUUCGGAUGUGAUACGACCAAGGAGAUGUGGGACAUGUUGGAGGUGACACAUGAAGGAACAAGCCAAGUGAAGGAGUCAAAAAUCAAUAGAGUCAUUUACAUGUAUGAGCUUUUCAAGAUGAAACCGGAGGAGAGCAUUCAAGAAAUGUACACAAGAUUGAAUGAUAUAGUCACCAAUCUCAAGGCUCUUGGUAAAGUCUAUCAUUCUCAAGAAGUAGUGAGGAAGGUUCUUAGAAGCUUGCCCAAGAAUUGGGAAGCCAAGAAGACCGCAAUUGAAGAGUCUAAGGAUCUCAACACCCUCAGGCUUGAAGAUCUCAUUGGAAAAUUGAUGACAUAUGAGAUAGAAGUUCAAGUUGAUGGUGGAGUUGAAGUAGUUGAGAAGAGGAAGAAUGUUGCUUUCAAGGCUAGCAACCAAAAGGAAGAGAGUGAAGAUGAUGCUAGUAAUGAUGAGUCUAGCAAUGAGGAGGACAUCACCAAAUUGAUUUCAAAGGAAGUGAAGAGAUUCAUGAAGAAGCACAUCAAGAGCAAGCUUGCAAAAAGAGAUGAAGGAAAGUCUACCAAAAGGAGUGUGAAAUGCUAUGAGUGCAACAAGAUGGGGCACUAUAGAAAUGAAUGUCCCAAUUUGAAGAAGGGUGAGAAGAAAGGCAAGAAGAGCAUGAAGAAGAAAGCUUUUGCUGCCACUUGGAGUGAUGAUGAGACUAGCUCAACGGAAAGUGAAAGCAUCUUAGAGAAAGGUGUUGCAAAUCUUUGCUUCAUGGCUCAAGAGGAUAGCAACCAUGAUGAGGAGGUAAACUCUAACUUCUCUAGUUCAAUUAAUGAAAGUUCAUUUGAGUAUUUUUAUGAUGAUUUAUGCAAAGUUCUUGAUUGCUUUAUGAAUGACAUUAAGAAACUAGGAAAUGAGAAUAUUGCUCUUACUAAAACCAUUUCAUUGCUUAGGAAUGAGAUUGAAUCUCUCUCAAAACAAAAUGAGGUUUUAGUUAAAGAGAAUGCCUCUUUAAAUGGUGAGAUUGCUUCUUUAAAGAAUGAGGAAUCUAAUAAUGCUUUGAAAAAGGAAAAUGAAGAUUUAAAGAAGGAAAAUGAGGCCAGUAGAGCUGGCUUAUCCCUUUUCACAGCCGGCUCAACCAAAAACCUGAGAGUGUUCUCUCUCUACACCACAGCCGGGUCUAGAAGGGCUGGAAGUAAAAGGAAACAAGUGGGUAAUUCUAGCACCGGUGGUCAAGCACAAGAAGAAGGUAACAUCCCCCAAUCAAAUCUCUUUUUGGAUACCCAAGCCUCUACACAGUAUGAAAUUAUCAAGAAUAUGGCUGUUUUAUCUUACAAUUGUGUAAAAUUCAGUCAAUUUCCUCAAGGAGAUAUGCGUGUUGAACAAAUUUUUAGGGAACUUGGGUGGAAGGAUUAUAUAGAAAUUAAAGAGCCUGUGUAUUAUGAAGUUGUUCAUCAAUUUUAUGCUAAUAUGAAACCAAGAGGGAAUAAAUGCAAAACUAUGGUUGUUAGGGUGUCAUUUCAGUUUUCACCAAGGGAUAUUUGUGCUGUAUUAAAUAUACCUAAAGGAGGAGAUGAUGAGUUUCUAGAUGUGAAUCAUGCCUUAGUUAGAGCCACAAUUGCCCCUAAUUGCACUGAAAAUCAAAUUAAAGUGGGGUCUCUUACACCAGAGAAUAGAGCAUUGCAGUGGAUUAUAUCUCGCAUUAUUGCUCAGAGGAAGGGUUCUAAAUCUUAUGUUCUUGCCAGUGAUCUUCCCUGGUUCGAUUAUCUUCUUAAGGGAAAAAGGGUGAACCUAGGAGGAUACAUUUUCCGGAGCAUAAUCAAGCCUUACUCACCAACUACGGGACUUCCUCAUGGUGCUUUAAUUACCAGAUUGGCGAAGAGGAACAAUAUUGAUCUUACCUCCUUUAGGUUCGGAACGGUUCAUAGUGGGACUACACUUACCAAAGCUUCUUUUGAAAAAAUGGACUAUUUGUUUAGAAAUGGCAUUUGGAUAAAGAAAGGGGAACAAGAAGGGGAUGAAGAAGAAGGUGAUAUAGAUCAAGAAAUGGCAGAACAAGGGGCAGAAGAACAUGAAGAUGAUAGCCCAAGACCAUUUUGAGUCUUAAUGUAAAGAACUAACCGUGAAACCAUGGAGUUAAUGAUAUCUGAGAUGCAGCAACUGCACACCGACUUUUAUGGUUUCCGGACAUUAAUGAGAGGGAGAAUGACUAACGUGGAAGGAAAGCUUGAUCAACUUGUUAACCAUUUUUUUCCUCCACCCCCACCUGAUGCCAACUGACUUGAUAUUUCUUUAGUUUGGCUAAUCUUUAGGAUGGACAUCUUAGGGUUAUGCAUUUUAUGUUUUUAUUUGACUAUGGAUAUGACUUGAACCUUUUUAUCUCGUUUUAUAAAUGGAAAUGGCAUCA